GGCGAUCACUGUGUCAAUGCAACAGUGUGACAGCAGCCAGGGUGAAGUGAACAUCUGUCAGCCCUACGCCUACAACACGCCUCAUACUUUCUGAAUACGUCGAAGCUUUCACAAACCUAAGGAUCAAGAUGAAGGAGAGUUACAGCGGUAUGUCCCUCUACGUGCUGCAGCCUAAGGCCCUCCUCAACUUUGCUGCCCAGAGUCUCGGCUACCGUGACCCCUGCGCCACCACCACCACACAGUGUAGCGACCGGCAGAAAGACGAAGAGUCCGGCCUCCAGGUGUAUACACUGAGUGAGGUCUCUGAACACGACACAUUUGAAGACUGUUGGAUUAUCCUCUACGAUAAGGUGUUCGAUGUAACGAGGUUCCUGCUAGAGCACCCGGGUGGCGAAGAAGUAAUGAUGGAACACGCCGGCAGGGACGCCACCAUCGCCUUCCGUGGUGUAGGACAUUCGGUGCCGGCGCUGCAGGCCCUGGACGACUACCUGGUGGGGAUCUUGCCGGGGAGCGAGCGUAUCUUCACUGGUGACGGUCCCUGCCAGUGGAGUACUCUAUAGCUCCUCCCCGCCACACCCUACCUGGGUCCUCGCCCCACCUGGCACCACUAGACAAUCUCAAUACGUGUGGCACUGCCCUCAACAGUGCCACACACCUCCCCUUACAGUCGCCGCUUCCUUGUAUAUUAUAAUGUAUGUGUAUAUACAGAUGUAUCACGCGAAUUGUCGCUUCAGGUCGUCCCUUGAGCAACAGUCUGUGAAACAUGAUGGACCUUAACAUAACCUGUGUUUAGUACCUGAAAUUCUGAAUCACCUGUCAUUACCUGGGCCCAUAUGUGUACAUAUCUCUCAUAUUCAUUAAUAACUUCUUACAUCUUAUGUAUAAAUGUAUAUAAGUCAUUAUUUUAUAUAAUUAAACUAUUAUCAGCGUA